GUGUGGAGGGGAGCCACAGUGUGUAUUGGCUCUCUCGUGAUCAUGGCAGCUCUGAGGCCUCUUUUUACUACGGUAAUAGCGGCGGCAGUGUUGGUGAUGACGACAGCAGAGCACCUCCCACCUCCUACCCGCGACCUCCUCACUCAGGACCCCUUGGCUGACCUCCACACCAAACACGACCCUAUCGACAUCAACCUUCAUAACCCUCACCCUCUUCCUCACCCCCCCGUUAAAUUCACCCCUUCCAUUCCUCACCCCUUCGUCAAACCCCACCUCAAUAACGUCCAUCACCCUCCCCACCACCAAGCCCCCAAUAAAAACCACAUCUUUCCUCCCCACUUCAACUCCUUCGUUUUCCCUUCCCACCUCAACGAACACAAUUCCAUUUUCUCUCCCAUACACUCCACCCACAGCAAGCCAACCCUACCCUUCAAUCCUCACCAUCCAAACCCCAAACCAAUAUUUAUCACCAGUCCAACCCACGGCAAGCCACUACCAUCUACCAGACCCUUCAAGCCUCACCACGGCAAACCACACCCACCAGUCUUCCCCGUCAAAGCCAACGCAAACUUCAUCACCGUCGCCACGCCUCAACUCCACUUCAGCUCACCUCCCCAUCACCUAUCGGCCUUCAGCGUACACCCGAUGUUCCCAUCAACAAAUGAUUUAGGAUUCGACCCGUAUGUCUAUCUCCGUCCUUACUACCCACAGCCAACUCCUUUCUUCUUUGAAUACGGACACGACGCGGGGAACAACGCAGACGAAGUGUUGAAUGAACUCAUCAGCCCUCACGUCUUCCCUCCUCACGGCUACGACCUCGAUUCUUACUUCAGCGACUUCCCCGCCUUCGGCUACUUCAACUACGAGCCAUCCUUGACGUUUGAGAAGGUGGCGCACCAUCAUCGUCGCCGUCGUGGUGUUGAGGUGUAAAAAAAUAUAUACCUGAAUAUCAAAAGUUCUGGUUCUUGGUUGGAACUCUCCCCCAUCCCACCUCCUUUGUCGUAUCCUACAGGAGGACUGAGGAUGGGUGUUCCUUCUGCGUGGUGUUCCUUGUGUAGUGUGCACCUCAACACACUUACAGUAUCUGCUACAGCUGUAUAGAUCUCAACCCACAAACUUCUGACGAGUGUAACGUUCCAUUCCUGGCGAGGGUUGGAGGCGUCACAGAUCCUCAGGACGAUAGACACCCUUCUCUGGAUGUCCUAUAGAACCUGGUAUAACUUGGAGCACUACAGAGCUACAGUAGAACACCAUAACCACCUGUGUUGUCAUCACAGUCUCCCUGCAGCUCACCGCCCGUGUUGUGUUGUCUUCAGCACAGAGCCACGUUGCCAUAUUAUAUACUCUGAUGUUUUUAUUAUUGUUUGCUAAGAAUUCUCGUCCAGGUGGCGAUAACACUAACCUUUGUUCCUGUGUGUGUGUGUGUGUGUGUAUUUAUUAACAAAUUCUCCUCCAGUGGUCCAUGUUUACACUAGACCACCUCCUCCUCUCCCUCACACCACUACUUCAGGGUAAGAAAGGAAGGAGACACUCACCCUUAUCUUCACUACUGAACCAUUGUGUAAACACUAGUGAGAGACAGAGAUAAGUCUUCUCACAUCAUUGCCUCACUGUGUUGACGUAAUCUAACCAUCAUAACUACAAUAUGUCACUCAGACUAUAUUAUCUACCACUGGGUUAUAUCUACAACCAAACUACAAUAUAUAAAGUUUAUACUAACAGUUGUAGAAGGAAACAAGAGUAACUAAAUUGAUACAACUCACCAACUGUACUGACCACUACCUGUAAUUAAUUCUUCUCCUUCAGGGUGAUCUACAGUACUCUAUCUUUGUAACGUUCUGUAGUUGUUGUUGUAGCGCUGCUCUAAAUAAAUUAUUUUGUUA